GCUUCCUCAGCUUAUACACUUUUCCAAUUCCUAAUUUGCUACAGCCCGCAAUGAACAUCAAGGUCAAGACUCUCACCGGCAAGGAGAUUGAGAUUGAUAUUGAAAAGACGUCGACCGUCUUGCAGAUCAAGGAGCGCGUCGAGGAGAAGGAGGGCAUUCCCCCUCCCCAGCAGCGCCUGAUUUUCGGCGGCAAGCAGAUGGACGACCCGAACACCGCCGAGUUCUACAAGAUCGAGGGCGGCUCCGUGCUGCACCUGGUACUGGCCCUGCGCGGCGGCUCAAACUAACACCUCUCCCUCUUCAAACAAUACCAUCCCAAUCCUCAUCCAUCUGCCAUGAAAUGCUGUUUGCGAUUUUUUUGUUGUAGCUUGGCAUAUUCGAAAGAAAGGCUGGAGUCUGGUUUCUAGUAAACACGCUUGAACGGCGGCACUGCCUUGCACUCGUUCUCAUCCAGAGUGUUGGCCAUCACCCCACGGUACUUGAGCUCGACCGGCGGUCCACUUCCGUCUGGUACGACAGCGUGUGCUUCAUCCACUCCUUGUCGUCGCGCUCAGGGAAGUCCUCGCGCGCAUGCGCACCACGCGACUCCUUGCGCGCCACCGCCGAGU